GGAAGGGGACAAAGUUCUCCCCCUUGGUCCUUGUCUUACUGCAGUUCUUUCUCGAAAAGAUAGUCUUCCCACAACUCGAGGAAAGAAUCCCAGGGCUAGAAUAUGUUUGCUGGAAAGGCUGGCUCACCAAGCCUACCCCUCUGUUACCCAUGUUGAGACCCUUGGAAGGGGUUAG